AUGGGCUGCUGCUUCAGCAAGAAGCGCAUGAAGCAUCCAGACGGCUCUGCUGCCGUCCCUCGCCGCUACAAGCCGGAGGACCGCGACCCCCCGCCCCCACCGUCUCCGGAGGAGGAGAAGGUCAAGGAGGUGCUCUCGGAGACGCCGAGCACUAAGGUGGCGGCCGAGCCUAAGCCCGUCGCCAGUGUAGUGGCUGUGGAGGAGCAAGAAGUGCUGAAGGUGAAGGCUAGUGUCGAGCCCGUCCCCGCGGUGAGCGAUCUCGGGAGCUGCCUGUCCAUGGCCACCGACGAGAGGUCCGAGGUGGCGUCCGAGUCGUCCGUCGCGACCAGCUCGCUGGCGGGGCCGGACCGGUCGCCGGGGAAGCCGGCCAGGAAGCGCGCUGUCUCCGGCGAGCUGGGGCUAGUCCGGCGCGACCGCGCUGUCACCGCCGCCUAUGGCGUCCGGUCCCGCAGCUGUCGGGGCUCGCCGUCCCCUCCUCCGCGGCGGGAGCCACGGGAUCGCUCCGUGCGGAGGUCGCCGUCGCCCGCGGCGAAGCGGGCGUCGCCGGAGCAGCAUCGGGCCGCGAGCCCGGUCGAGUCCCUGCAGCGAAAGCCGCCCGUCCCGAGCAGGCCGUGCAGCCGCGCCUCGCCGCGGCGGGCUCGGGAGGCCCCUCCACCGCCGCAGCCGGAAGAGGACGCCGUCACCACGGCAGGCGAGGAAAGCGUCGCGGAGCCCAGUGCCGGUGCCGACGGCCAAGGCGACGGCGACGGCGAGGGAAAGGAGUCGCUGGAGAACCCGCUGGUGUCCAUGGAGUGCUUCAUCUUCCUCUGA